AUGAGUACCUCUGGGUACCGCUCCAAGCUGAAGGAGUACGAGGAGCUGGACGAAGACGAGCUUCUGGCCACGCUGUCCUCCGAGGAGCUCCAGGAGUUGGAGAGAGAGCUGGCUGACAUCCAGCCCGACGACAGCAUCCCCAUCGGGCUGAGGCAGAAGGACCAGACCCUCAAAAUACCCACCGGGGCGUUCGACCGUGAUGCGCUGCUGAAAUACUGGGAGGACGAGAACAAGAAGCUGCUGCAGGACCAGAAGGUCGAACCCAAACUCAGACAGGAGGAGCAGUCGGAGCAGAAGAAAGUGUCGGGGACGAACUGUGACACCUGCAAGACUCCAGACAACGACAAGAAACAGACUGUACAUCAGGAGAGAAAAGCAGGAAAGAAUAGAAAUGCCAAGAAAGAGUGUGAGCAGGAGAAGAGAGAUGAGUGUCAUCAAGAAAAGAAAGGUGUGAUAGGUGGAACCAGAAGGACGGAGCCCAGCAGCCAGAGCCUGGAGAGGUCCUCUGAGAGGCUGAGCGGGAAUCCCAUCGUCAUCGACAAGGCUCUGGAACAGAUCCUGAGGGACGAGCCCACCAUGACCGAGGUCAACCUCAACAACAUCGAGGACGUCUCCCCGGAGACCCUGCUCCGCUUCGCAGAGGCCCUGUGCACCAACACUCACGUGCACGUCUUCAGCCUGGCCAACACUCACGCCGACGACCGGGUCGCCUUCGCCAUCUCCCAGAUGCUCUGUGAGAACCGCUCCAUCCGGACCCUGAACAUCGAGUCGAACUUCGUGUCCGGGCAGGGUCUCCUGCUCCUGCUGGCAGCGCUGCGGCACAACGGCACGCUGGUAGAGCUCCGCUUCCACAACCAGAGGCACAUCUGCGGAGGGAAGGUGGAGAUGGAGAUGGUGCAGCUGCUGAAAGAAAACAGCACUCUGCUCAAGCUGGGCUACCAGUUUGAGCUUCCAGGACCCAGGAUGGCUGCCACAGGGAUCCUGACCCGCAACCAGGACCAGCAGCGCCAGAGGAGACUCCAGCAGAAAAAGGAGCAGAGCCUUUCAGAAGAUCCUGGACACCUUUCCAAAUUACCCACAGACCAGAAACCACAGAAGAAGCCACUGCAGUCACACUGCAAUGUAGAAAAUCAGAGAAGGAAUUCACCUCCAUCUCUGGAUCCUCCCACCAGGAAGAUCGCUGAGAUGGUCAAACACCACGAAGGCUCCAGCGGCUCCAAGCCGCCGCUCAACCAAAGGAAACCCAAGUCCAAGAAGCUCAAGAAUGGCGUCAACGAGAAGGAGAGCGCAGAAAUCCUCAAAGACCUGAAGAACGCCUUGAAGCCGUCGUUUCAGAAGAGAUGGGACGAGUCGCCCCGCCCGCCGCCGCCGCAGAGGUCAAGCCGUGACAACCUGAUGGCGGCGAUCCGCCAAAGCAGCAUCAGCUCAUUGAAAAGGGAUGGUGGUUAA